GGCAUUUCGUAUGCAUGUGCUAAUAACAGGUAGCUAGGAUUUCGAGCUUUGUAAGAAAACUGUAGAGAGAAAGAGGCGAUGGCGAUUAGUACGGAGACUGCGUCAACAGUUUCCACCAUCGUGGAAGCCUCACUGUCCGUGGCCUUAGGGCCGUUGCAAAACGAAGAACCUCUCUCUCUCAUGGCCCCAAUUUACACCCUUAUUGCUUUUUGUUAUUAUUGUUAUUUACACACAAUUGGCCUUCCAUCUCCCUCAUUUCUCUCUGAGGUGUUUGAAGGGUUUGCUUUUGUCAUUGAUGAGUUCAUAAGACUCCUGCCCCUUGUUGUAUUUCAAGAGCGAGCUCUGUCGAACACAUCAUGAGUGAAAUCCUGUUGUCUGGACCUCUUGAUAAAUUAGCAAGACCUGGUCUUGAGGCUUCUUCUCUUAAUGAUGAGAGAAGAGAAAGACGAUCAGAUGUCGAGAACUCAGAAGAUGAGAGAAGGACCAGAAUUGGGUCUCUUAAAAAGAAAGCAAUCAGUGCAUCUACAAAAUUCAGACAUUCAUUGACAAAGAGGAGCAGGCGUAGGAGUGAGAGCAGAGUUAUAUCUGUCGCUAUUGAAGACGUUCGUGAUGCUGAGGAGUUACAGGCUGUUGAUGCCUUUCGUCAAGCUCUUAUUUUGGAGGAAUUACUUCCUUCGAGGCAUGAUGACUAUCAUAUGAUGCUGAGAUUCUUGAAAGCAAGGAAAUUUGAUAUUGAGAAAGCAAAGCAGAUGUGGGCUGAUAUGCUCCAAUGGAGGAAGGAAUUCGGUGCAGACACAAUUAUGGAGGAUUUCGAGUUUAAAGAAAUCGAUGAAGUAUUGCAACACUACCCGCAAGGACAUCAUGGGGUAGACAAAGAUGGGAGACCUGUUUAUAUAGAGAGACUAGGCAAGGUUGACCCCAACAAACUAAUGGAAGCCACAACCCUGGAGCGGUAUGUGAAAUACCAUGUGCAGGAGUUUGAGAAGACCUUUGCCAUCAAGUUCCCAGCUUGUUCUAUUGCUGCCAAGAAGCACAUUGACUCGAGCACCACCAUUUUGGAUGUCCAGGGCGUGGGUUUGAAAAACUUUAACAAGGCUGCAAGGGACCUCAUUGUGCGGCUCCAGAAGAUUGAUGGAGAUAACUAUCCUGAAACCUUGUGCCGCAUGUUCAUCAUUAAUGCUGGUGCUGGUUUUAGACUGCUGUGGAACACUAUAAAGACUUUCCUUGAUCCUAAAACUACCGCAAAGAUUCAUGUUCUUGGAAAUAAAUAUCAGAGCAAGUUGCUUGAGGUAAUCGAUGCCAGUGAAUUGCCGGAAUUCCUGGGUGGUAGCUGUACUUGUGCUGAUCACGGAGGUUGUCUUAGAUCAGACAAGGGUCCAUGGCAAGAUCCUGAAAUAUUGAAGAUGGUCCACAAUGGUGAGGCAAAGUGCUCCAGGAAAAUUGUCACCUUUUCGGGCACUGAAGAGAAGACUAUUUCUCAUACUGACGUAGAGUAUCCAAAGGGUGGAGAUGUCUGCUCUCCAGAGUCUGUAUUGGAAGCAGAAGACAUGAGGCCUCCGAUAAAUCCAAGGGACUUUAUUGAGCACCCACAGCUGUCACCUGUUCAUGAAGAGGCUCAAAUUGGGAGAGGAAACUUCCCUAGCCCCUAUGAUUAUGAUGAUUACAUUCCAAUGGUUGAUAAGGCUGUUGACGCUACUUGGAAGAAUGUUGCACUUGCACAAGACGAAAAACUUUUAGUCUCGAAAGGGAUACUCUCACUAACUGGGGCUUACAAGGCUUCCGAAGGGUUGGGCGUCUUCUCUGGAUUCAUGGCACUCCUCAUGGGCAUUGUUGCUAUCUUCCGUGUAUCUCGUAACAUGCCAAAGAAAAUUAUGGAUCCAUCCCUCUAUUUCACUGACAGCCCUGUCCAUUGCAUUGGCAGUGCCAUGGUCAAAGAUCCGCUCCAUUGUGGCUUGCCUAUGGCGAUCUCUACUUUUGAGGGAGGAGACUAUGCAUUGGUAGCAAAGCGCCUUAGUGAUUUGGAGGAGAAGGUGAUCACUCUGAGCUCAAAACCCUUGGAGAUGCCCCCUGAGAAGGAGGAACAGCUAAAUGCGGCUAUUAGUCGUGUGGAUGCUCUUGAGGCAGAGCUCAUGGCUACCAAGAAGGCCCUACAUGAUUCUCUGGUGCGCCAGGAAGAGCUGCUUGCAUACCUUGAGAAGAAGAAGAAGAAGAAGCUCAGGAACCCGUUUUGCUGGUGAAUAGUGGGACAACAGAAGCUUAAAAACAGGCUUGGAAAUAAAGCUUGUCCCAGUCAUGAUGCUGGCGACCCUCUUUGUAACAUUGUAAUUAAUCAAAGAUCUUCAUUGAAAUUAACUUCUUCCUCUUUUCUUUUAUGUUGUCAAGCUAUUUUAUUGUUA